AGGAGAAUGUGGUCGCUAAAGAUGGUGCAGUCCAGCGGAGGCUCGGAGGGAACAGGGCCGUCCUUUUCGUAUUCGCCAUGGAAGGACUGGAGAACAUGGCGUUCGUGGCUAAUGCGGUGAGCCUGUUCACCUACUUCUACGGAUACAUGAACUUCAGCAUCACCAAAUCGGCUACAACUCUGACCAACUUCAUGGGCACCGCUUUCCUGCUCUCCCUCUUCGGCGGCUUCCUCUCCGACACCUACCUCUCCAGAUUCACCACCUGCGUCCUCUUCGGAACCUUCGAGAUUCUGGGAUAUGUUCUGCUGACGGUGCAAGCCCGGGUCCACCAGCUCCGCCCGACGCCCUGCAACGGCGCGGCGGCGUUGAGCGGCGGGAGCCAGUGUGAGGCGGCGACCGGCGGGCAAUCGGCGACGCUGUACAUCGGGCUGUACCUGAUAGCUCUGGGGACGAGCGGGGUGAAGGCGGCGCUGCCGUCGCUGGGAGCGGACCAGUUCGAUUCGAGGAACCCGAAGGAGGCGGGGAAGCUGUCGAGCUUCUUCAACUGGUUCCUCUUCAGCCUCACGGUUGGGGCCAUUGUCGGGGUCACGAUCGUGGUUUGGGUGAGCGCCAACGUCGGUUGGGAUUGGGGGUUUGGGCUCUGCGGGCUGGCGGUUCUGUGCGCCGUCGUUUUUGUUUCCAUGGGGAAGUCGCUUUACCGGAUGAAUGCUCCUUCCGGCAGCCCCUUCGUUCGAUUUGCGCAGCAGGUGUUUGUGGCUGCAAUCAGAAACUGGAAUGUUCCGACUCCAAAGGCUGAGGACGAGUUGUACGAAAUUAAAGAGAAAGGGAAAGGAGGAAUCAAUGGUGAAAUCCUUCAAAGAACUCAUCAAUUCAGGUUUUUGGACAAGGCAGCAGCAAUCGUAACGACCAACGACCUCGAAAGCCCAACGAAUCUGAAUCCAUGGAGACUCUGCACAACGACACAAGUGGAAGAAACCAAGAUCCUAAUCCGAAUGCUCCCAAUCAUCCUCAGCACGGUCUUCAUGAACACCUGUCUGGCCCAACUCCAGACCUUCACGAUCCAACAAAGCACGACCAUGGACCGAAACUUCUUGGGCUUCCAAAUCCCCGGCCCAUCCAUCCCCGUCAUCCCCCUCCUCUUCAUGUUCCUCCUCAUCCCUCUCUACGACCGCGUUUUCGUCCCCUUAGCACGCAGAUUCACCGGCAUCCCCACCGGGAUCCGCCACCUCCAGCGCAUCGGCAUCGGCCUCGUCCUCUCCGCCGUCUCCAUGGCCGUCGCCGGAAUCGUCGAGACGAAGAGGAAGCGCGUGGCGGUAGAGCACGGGAUGGUCGAUUCGGUGGCUCCGCUGCCGUACAGUGUCUUCUGGCUAGGGUUUCAGUACUCAAUUUUCGGGGCCGCCGACAUGUUCACUCUCGUUGGAUUGCUGGAAUUCUUCUACUCCGAGAGCUCCGCCGGGAUGAAGGCGCUCAGCACGGCGAUCUCGUGGACGUCGCUGGCGUUCGGGUACUUUCUGAGCACCGUGGUGGUGGAGGUCGUGAAUAAAGUCAGCGGCGGGUGGCUGGAGAGCAACAAUCUGAACCGGGAUAAGCUGAAUUACUUCUACUGGUUGUUGUCGGCGUUGAGCGUUGUGAAUUUGGGGGCGUAUUUGCUGUGUGCGUCUUGGUAUCGGUACAAGGAGGUGGAGGUUGUGGUGGCGGCGCGUGAGGGAGACGGGAGGGAGAAGCGAGUGGGGGAGUUUGUUGGCGUUUAAGCUGUUGAAUCAUAAAUGCUGAUUGGGGAAUUUUGGUUUUUAAUCCUUUUGAGGUGUGGAAAAAGUUUUGGAGUGGUACCCCGUACCCUGAAAUGUUAACUGUUAAGGAUAGGCUCUACUACCAUUUUGGUUAAUAAAAUGGAAUGUGAUUACCUCAAG